AUUUAAGUAAAGCAACCGCUCAUUCAGAAUAUAUUCUAUAUGUUCGGUUUUGGAACAGAGUUUGACCUAAAUAAUACAGACAAUGGCUCAGGUUGUUUAUCUUUUAAUGCUGUACAUUAGUAUAAUAAUAUCUCAGGCGUUCAGUCAGUCUCUUGAAAACUGCAAACGAGUAGCCAGUGAGGAUGCGUUGAAGCAGUUGUGUGAUUCUAAAUCAUACGAAGUGGUUGCCGGUACCGAUAUGGAUACCCUGUUGGAUUGCGUCAUGAGAGAGUUCAAAUUGAUCGAUUCAUCUGGAGAAGGAAUUGCUACUGGCUAUUCGCUCGAUCAAUGCAAAAGUAUUUUCAGUGAUUCAGCUAAGAGCCAGUUCUGGAAAGCAAAAAGGUACGAAACGAUUACAGGAGUUGAUAUGGACUAAACUUUGGAUUGCGUAUUGAAGGCUGUUAAUGUGGUAGACAACAUGGGAUACGCAAAUUAUCAUGAACUCUACCAACUUAUGAAUAAUAUUGAACAACAUCGAAACUACAAUUUGGAAAUAUGCAUUGGCAAGUCAUUCCGAUCCGAGCCCAAAAUCAACUGUUCAAAUGCGUUUUACAAGUGCAUUAUGAAUACUGAUUCGAAGGAAAUGUUCAAGAAGGUGGUUAAUGCCAGAGUGUGUAAUUAAUUUGACUGUUUGAUAGAACCGAUAUGAAAUAAAAUUAAAAUUCGAAUAAAAUACGAA